AUGGCCCUUCGCUGGAUGGAACCUCUGAUGGGUUUCUGGGUGGUAGGAGCCAUUGGGAGUGAUGGACCACUCCGGCUCUUUGAUGCUGCUGGGCUGGAGUCAAGCCCGUUUCCUUCUGAAGCAAUUGACUCGCCCGCUGAGUCAGUAUUUGGACCACGUCUGAGUCCGGUCUCCUCUGGUGGGAAUCUGGGGGAACUGCUACCGCGGAGACAUGCAGCGAUCGCACUUUUCACUGCGCUCGCUAUGGCUUUCGCGUUGCUGAGAUGCUUCAGAGCCAUAACAACAAGAAAGCCCUCGAAUGCAACGGAAAGAAAACUCUCCGACGAAGUAUCAUCACCCGAAAGCGAAUGUGACGUCCGUAACGACCUUACAUCACGCAAUGCAGAGAACAAACGCACCAACUGUGUUGAACUUAAAAGACCGACAGGAUUUCCACUCUAG